AUGGUGGAGGGUUACUCGGCGGAAAAGGCACGCGAUCGCGAGGAGCGCAUCGGGAUGCGCUUCUUCCUCAUGGACGCCUUCCUCGCGAAGCACGGCACAGGCGCCGUGUUUAAGCGGCCGCUGGUGUCGCUGAAAACGUUGUACUCCGACUUCGUGGUUCGGGAGCUGUCGCCGCUGUACAACAAUGGGGAGCCGCUCGUGCUGGAGCCCGUGCCGGCACCGGAGCGGUUGGGACCCGAGGCGACGGCUGUGAAGCGGCCGCGAGAGGGCGCCGCGGAAGCGGAGGAAGAAGAAAGAAACGAGGCCGGGGAGGGAGAGGCGACGGCUGCCACGUUGGAUGUCCAGCGGAACGCGUUGACGGAGCGAGUGCAGGCGCGGUUUGCCUCGCUGCUAACGCAGGAGGAUUUGGCCUCGCUGCUGGACGCGUUGCGCACGGGGGCGGGCCGGGUGACCGUUCGGGCCGCCUUAACGAAGGCGCAGCGCACGGAGGUGCAUGCGGCGGUUAAGGAGACGCUUGGGGAGACGCACGUCAGCCGCACCCUGGAUGGGGCGCUUGUGAUUGAAGAGCCAACGUCAGCGACAAGACGGGAGGAAAUGCGCCGGUCGAAUCCAAUACGCCUGCAGAAAUACUUGCACUUCACGCUAUACAAGGAAAACAUUGACAGCAAUCGUGUCCUGCGGGCAAUUGCCACCCAGCUUGGGGUGCCGUUGCGAAAUCUCCUUUUCAGUGGCACAAAAGAUAAGAGAGCGGUGACACUUCAGCGGGUUGCGGUUCGAGGCCUGUCGCGCGAGCGGCUAGCCGCGAUCAAUGCUCGAUCAUUUGGUCCGGAGUGCAAGGUGAAGGUGUGUGGCUUCCAGGAAUCAGACACUGGACUGCGCCUCGGCGACACGCUGGGCAACCACUUUCUCAUUGCUCUCCGACUGCUACCGGAGAGUCCGGAGCUUGCACCUGAGACAUUGAAGGUCAUUCAAGAGGUUAUGGGCUCCAUUGGAGUGGCGAACUACUACGGCCCGCAGCGCUUUGGCACGACGGAAGUGUUAACGAGUGAUGUUGGUAUUAAAUUACUUUCCGGAGAGUUUGAGCAGGCGCUGCGCAUGCUAUUCCACUCCAAGGCGAUUGUUGAGCCCAACCUUCUUCCCUCGAAGGAGGCGGUGGAUCGAGGUGACUUCGCUGAGGCCCUACAACUUCUUCCACGUUACUGUUUUCAGGAGCGUGACAUUCUGAAGCACUUGGUGCGCUGCCCCAACGAUUUUUUGGGCGCGUUCCACAUGGUCCCACGAACGCUGGGGAUGUUGUACUGCCAUGCUGUACAAAGUUUGCUUUGGAAUCUUAUGGCGACUGAGCGAUUGAAGCUUGGGUUGGAACCUCUCCCCGGUGACCUACUGCUGAAGUCCCGCCAUACCCGCAUACGGGAACGUGAGAGUCGGGCAAGUGACACGGACAAAGGCGAGGAUGCGAGGGUUCUACUGAAGGAGGACGGUCUCCCGGAGGUGGUGCGGCUCACGGCGGAAGACGUGGCCACUGGUCUCUUUCGCUUGUGUGAUGUUCUGCUGACUGUUCCAGGCCCUGAUGAAGCGCUGCAGUACCCGGGUGUCGCCGGCUGCACGCGCGAGGCAUACCUUGCGGCUCUGCCGUUGAGGGGGGCGGAGAUGCUUUUGAACGCCGGGAAUCCCCUGGUGAAGGUGUACCAUUACCAUGGGGCGUAUCGACCGCUGGUAGUGCAGCCCAAACGACUAAAUCUGCGUCUCGUGAGCACAAAUGGACCCCGAGCGCCCAUACUUCCCACGGAUUUGGAAAAGUUAACGACGCCGGACGCCACCAGUGGUGUGGGAGAUUGUGAGUCUAAGCAAGACGACUGCGCAACGGCUCCGAUGAACAAGGCAAUCUUGGUGGAAUUUUCGCUUCCCCCAGGCUCAUACGCCACCUCUGUGCUGAGAGAGUUUAGUAUCUCUUGUUCAGAGGGUUACCACGCCGUGGCUACGACGGAGGCCGAUGACAGUGGCAUUAUUGACGGCAGCGUGGAUGCUGCGGCGUAA